CCGGUGUAUCUGGAUACCAAGUCAGCUUGAGCCUGACAGUCCGAUCCAUGGACGCCGAAUACACGGGUUGGAUUUGACAGGUUGAGAAAUACCACCGGAAGGCUUUCGGAUCGAACCGGGGCAGAGUGCAGAAGAGGAAACCAAACUGGGUUCGGUGCAGGAAUGCAGAAUGAAGCGUCAUAAUGUCACACCCCAGACUGCUGUACUGAUGAUGGACUGUAAAGGCAACCAAGCAACAUCAAACAGGGAUAUGAUGGAAAAGAAAACAGGAUUUUGACCCGUGGACAGUGGAUUACAAAUAUAAAAAAUAGCAAAACAAAAAAACCAGGAGGUCAAUUUAAUAUUAUUAUUAUUAUUAUUAUUAUUAUUAUUAUUAUUAUUAUAAGAUGGUGGCAAGAUGUGUCUGUUCGCCGUUUCUGUAUCAGCAUCAGAUCAGAUUUCAUCAUCCUCGACCCAGGAAUCCGAAGCGCAAUAAUUUCACAUUCGAGCGAUAUUAAUAGCCCAAGUGUCUGCUUCUCUAUAAGCGGGAUAUUCCUCCUUAGAAACGCCUGCAUGGUGACAACAAGGACAGCAAUGCCACGGAGAAAAAGAGGACACGCUCUAUGCAGGCAUCUAUGCAAUUCAUAUGCAAGAUAAACAAGGUGGAGUUGGAAUCUGGAGGGUCGGAAAAAAAAAAUUCAUGAUGCUCUACCUGCCUUGAAGCAACUCAUUUUCAUAGAUCGGACAGGUAAAUAAUUAAAUGUGGAUAUCCAAACAAAAUCCUUUAAAAUGCUGCCCACUAGAAUGACUUUUUUUAAAUAUGAUGGAAGAAGAAGGCGCUGAACCCGGUCUGAAAUAGUCGUAGUAAGAUUAGACAUAAAAUCGGAUACCUCGGUUGCUCGGGGCAGGUGUGUACGAACAGAAUGAAGGACAGGAAUGCAGGUCUUAUCAUGUCAGCCUACAGACGUAUAUGAUGAUGAAAAGGAUGAGAGAGAUGCAGGCCCUGUGAUGAUGCUCCACUGUUUUCAUUUAUCCUAGGUGCUGAACGAAGCACCCGAUCUGCUAGAUGAUCAUUUUGACAUUUUACUAGCCGUUUCUUAGACUCAAAACAAAUGACUAUUAAUAGUUGACUGUUCCCAGACAGCUGUUUUAAUGUGCCUUAAUAGAUGCUAGUGGAAGGAGAAGAUAAUUCUGCUAAAAAGAUUUUCACCAUUUAAGAGUGGUGCUUUGGCACUUCAGCUGACUUAACACAUUCCUCCAGUUCCUAACUGGCCAGAACUGGUUGAUGUGUUCUGCAUGGAUUUUAUGCAUGAGUUGACCAAGGUUCUCCCCCAGCUGUUGAAACCGCACCGCUGAAGCAGCUUAUUUGGAAAUGGACCCAAAUUCGACACUCAGCGGUAUGGGUAGUGGAGGAAAUGGCACCCCACUACCCUGCACUGAAUGUGGAGAUUCUUGUGGAGCACCACCCCCUUUCACCGUGCUCCCAAAUGCGAAUCAGACUCCCUGCCUCACUCAUACGGAGAACGGCAGCAGCUGGAACUCCUCCACCCUCUCUUCUUCGGUUAGCUCCCCUGAUUCUCACAUCCACCAGCAUCACGGAGCCUCCAACCCUUACUGGACGGCCGUGUUUGACUAUGAAGCGGCCACAGAGGAGGAGUUGACCCUAAAACGUGGGGAUUUGCUAGAGGUGCUUUCCAAGGAUUCAAAGGUUUCUGGAGAUGAGGGCUGGUGGACUGGUAAGAUCCAAGACAAGGUGGGGAUCUUUCCAAGCAACUAUGUGACACGUAGUGACACCACACUGCCCACUGGAGGUUUACUGGUGGGUGGUGGGAGUCCCCUGGAGAUCGACUUCUCAGAGCUGUGCUUGGACGAGGUUAUAGGAGCAGGAGGUUUUGGAAAAGUGUAUAAAGGCCUAUGGAGGAAUGAUGAGGUGGCUGUUAAAGCAGCACGCCAGGACCCUGAUGAGGACAUCAGUGCCACAGCGGAGAGUGUAAGGCAGGAAGCACGACUCUUCUGGAUGCUCAGGCACCCCAACAUCAUUGCACUCAAGGGUGUCUGUUUAAAAGAGCCAAAUCUUUGCCUAGUAAUGGAAUAUGCUCGUGGUGGGGCACUAAACCGGGCACUUGCAGGGAAGAAGGUUCCUCCCCGGGUCCUGGUUAAUUGGGCAGUGCAGAUUGCUACUGGCAUGGACUACCUGCACAACCAGACCUUCGUGCCCGUAAUCCACAGAGAUCUGAAGUCCAGUAACAUUCUGAUUCUGGAGCCAGUGGAUAGGGAGGACCUGAAUGAAAAGACACUAAAGAUCACAGACUUUGGACUGGCACGGGAGUGGCAUCGCACCACUAAGAUGAGUGCGGCAGGCACCUAUGCCUGGAUGGCUCCAGAGGUCAUAAAACUGUCGCUCUUCUCUAAAAGUAGCGAUGUGUGGAGUUUUGGUGUACUGCUGUGGGAGUUGCUGACCGGUGAGGUGCCGUAUCGGGAGAUUGACGCCUUGGCUGUGGCCUAUGGAGUUGCCAUGAACAAACUGACCCUCCCUGUUCCUUCCACCUGCCCUGAGGCCUUUGCUCAACUGUUAGGAGAAUGCUGGAGCCCAAAUCCUCACAGUCGCCCCACUUUUACUAAUAUACUGAGGAGGUUGCUGGCCAUUGAGCAAUCUUCCAUGUUCCAAAUGCCACUGGAGUCUUUCCAUUCCCUACAGGAGGACUGGAGGCUGGAGAUCCAGCAGAUGUUUGAUGAGCUGAGGGCCAAAGAGAAGGAGCUGCGUUCCUGGGAGGAGGAGCUGGCUCGGGCUGCAGAGGAACAGAGGACGCAAGAGGAGCUAUUGAAGAGACGCGAGCAAGAGUUAGCUGAGAGGGAGAUUGACAUCGUGGAGAGAGAGCUAAACAUCAUUAUCCAUCAGAUGUACCAGGAGAAACCACACGUCAAAAAGCGCAAGGGCCAUUUCAAGAAGAGCCGGCUCCUUAAACUGGGCCGAGAUAGCAACUGCAUCAGCCUGCCCUCUGAUUUUGAACAUAAGAUCACCGUGCAGGCCUCUCCCAGUGUGGAUAAGAGGAAAAGUCAAGGCAGUGAGAGCACCACUCCACCAGCUAGUCCAGGUGUUAUACCUCGUCUCAGAGCCAUUCGAUUAACCCCAAAUGAUGGGAGGAACACUUGGGGGCGUACAGCAGUGUGUAAGAAAGAAGACCUGGCAGUGACGAAAAAGAAGGGCCGUACCUGGGGUCCCAGCUCCACUCAUCAGCGCGAGCGUGUUGGAGGAGAAGAGAGGUUAAAGUCACUUGGAGAGGGGAAAGUGUGGUCUUCCAGUGCUCCUAAUCUGGGAAAAUCCCCUAAACAUGUCCCAAUACCUGGUGGCUUCUCUAGUCUUAAUGAGAUGGAGGAACAGUGUGAGCUCGAGGAACGAUUGGCUCCAGAGGGCAGUAGCAAUGGGGCGACGGAGGAUGCCAGCCAUAUGUGGAUGGGCGUAGGACCUGGAGUGGGUUCCCAGGAUUCUUUGCGGCGCUGUAAUCAGAGAAAGAAGAGUGACAUAGUAUUGCUAGGCUGUGCCUCCAUCUUGGCUGCCGUGGGCUUCGGCUCAGACCUGCUCCAGCUGGGACGAUUGCAGGUAAACCAGGACGAACAGGAUGCACGUGAGGAACAGCGAAAAAAGAAAGAAGGUCUGUUUCAGCGCACAGGUCGAUUCCGACGCAGCACUUCUCCCCCAAGCCGUACGCUGUCCCUGUCCUUGUCCCACAGCCGCCAUCAUCAUGAAUCUGUGCUGCCCUGCCUGGACCCGUCUCCAUCUGUCACACUCCUGUCCCUGUCCUCCCUUUCCGACUGCAACUCCAAGUCCCUGCUGCCCUCGGACCCAGACGAUCUUGUGCCAAGUCCGAGCAGCGCAAUGCCUUGUCCAGCUCCCACUUUAAACCCCCUGCUGGACCUGCGAGCAGAGAGUUUUAAACGGGAGCCGAACCAGUCGCUCACUCCAACCCAUGUCUCCGCCACCAUGGCUGUGAACCGUGGACACAGACGCACACCGUCUGACGGUGCCAUCAGACCUCGUGCACAAACAGUGACAGGGCACCGACGUACGCCUUCAGAUGGCAGCAUGCCAAUUCCGCCAGACACACCCACUACCACAGCAUACACAGGUUCUCGUGACAGUCUUGAUAUCCCUCGUCUCCCGGACCCAUCCACAGUCUACCCUGUAGUGCAUCGGCGUAAACCUCCUCCUCCUUCAGAAUCCCAGACCGGGACCCUUGAGCGGCCCAAAACAUUGGAGUUUGCCCCCCGUCCUCGCCCCACCCCGGCCCGAGCUCGCCCAGACCCAUGGAAGUUCUCGUCACUCUCCCGGACUCUCAGCUCAUCUCCGGGGAGCAGCUGUGACAGUCCACUAGGCUCUGGCGACAGCGGGGUCAGUGCAGGAGCCACCGCUGGCCGCCAAACUCUAUUGGACAUGGACAUGGAAGGGCAGAGCCAGGACAGCACGGUGCCUCUCUGUGGGCAGCACUCACAAGCCACAUUGUGUGGCCAGCAAUUCUUAUAAAAUGCCAGGAAGCCUCCAAUAUAACCAGGGCUGCCUCGCCAGCAUAUCCCCUAGAUGCAAAAGAGUUAUGAAACACCUAGCAUUGACCUGCAUUUCUCAUGGAGGCUGUUUGUAGACAGGGCAUCCCAGAAACCAUGACUGUCCCCUCACAGUGUGAGUGUAAGAAGUACUAAAAAAAAAUCACUCGGAGGACUGUGGAUUAUUUUUCAUAGCCACCGCAGUGAACCACAGUCUUAGAGCUGCAGCACUUUUAUGAGUUCCAUAAAAGUAAAGGUCAAGUCCUACUGCUUGCAUCAUUCCCUCUAUAGAUUGUUCAAUAAAACUCUCUUUUUUUAUAUACCCAGGUAAAAUUUAUGUGAUGAAUUGCAUUUGCAAAGCCAUUUCUUUGAUACUGUAUUUUCUGGACAAUAAGUUGCUCAUGAUUCGGAGACAAGCCUCCUUCAAUUAUGAUAGAAAAAAAAAAUGUAAUAAUUUGCUUCUUAGCUUUUAUCCCAUUAGUGUUACCUCGUUCAGAUGAUAGAAAUGCGUUCCAAUGGCCCCAUUGUAACAUAAAAAUAUUGUAAGUUAAGAUAUGGCCUACCCGACCUUUAGGGAAUCUUAAAGAAUGGUGAUCAGUAUGGGGUAGUAUACUGUAAUUUGUUAAUAAUAUAACAAAGUACAGUACAUAAUUAAGCAAAACAGCAAUUUACAGUACUCUAUAAGCUUUACAGUAUAUAUAUGUACAGUAUGUGGCAGUGGGCACGUAAACGAGUGUCGCUCACAAGUAAAGGUUAGCGGCUACAUUUGCCUGCCGUGCAAAUCUUAAAAUAUCUUUACCAUUCGGUCAUAUUCUCAUCGUCAUCGCAAGAUCGAAAACUCUGGGACCAUCUGUACAUGGCAAUGUUUUAUGCUGACAUCUUGAACAUGCCUCGGCGUACAUUGAAAAUGCUGCACCACAAAGGGAUUCCAUAUUGUAUAUAAUCAAAUAGCUGUGAAGGAAAGAAAAAUCUAAUGCUAUUCAUUCACAACCUCAGGAAAAAAUAUUCUACAUUGUAUGACACAAGCUGUAAUGGCUGUUUUUCAGUAUCAAGCUAAUAACACGACUAAAACAUCCAUGUUCACUGAUAUUUACUGUAGGUUCAUUUAUUAGUCCGUUAUAUAUUAUUUACCCUUUUUUGUGUUUUUCAAAAAUCCAAAUCCUAAAUGUUUCUGUAAUAUUUCACUCCCUCAGUGAAGCAGAUAAAAAAUCAGCUGCACAUAAGUUGUCCAGAAAGCUUUUCAUGUGCGUAUUUAAAGCAUGGUUAAGACAUGUUUCAGGGUGGACUUCUGAGUCCGAAGAACACAAGCAAGUUAUAGCAAUUACAUACACAUUUACACCCAAAAUAAAGACAUUACCGCCUGGCUAUAUUGCACUUAAACUACAGAAUGAUGUGGGUCUUAUAGUCCAGAAAAUAUGGUAGCAUAUGAUCUCAGCAUAUUAUUCUAUCCUUCUGUUUUUGAGGAGAAGAUAGACCAUCUCACGCUGCCUGCAGAACCUAAUCAGAAAGCAGGAGCACGUUUUAAUGUGAAGGCCUUGUUUGACUGCAAAUCCCGAUGUACAGUCCAUAUUGCCUGUGUUUGUAUGUAAGCAAGAGUGUGUGCAUGUCUUUCUGAGAGAAUGUGUCAUAGGUGUUUGAGAAAUGGUGUCCUCAGCUGUUUCCGGCUUAAACACACUCUCACUUCCACGGUAAAACAGGAAUAUUGUGAGCCUGGAGGAAGGGAAGGACUUUUAAUGGUCGAGUGAGGGUCUCCGUCCGUUCGCAAUAAAAUACAAAGCAAGUUCUGUACCGUAACGUGUACACAGUAUACAUCUGACAUUUACACUUGUUUACCUCUUCAAAUGGGACCAUGGAAGAUCUUCCUUCACCUGCACACUGGUCUGAGAGAAAGGAAUGAACUGUGAGAUGCAGUGUGUGGCGGUUUUUUUUUCUUUCUUUUUUAUGCUUUAUGAAAUACCACUGUAAUCAGACACAAAGAGAAGAAUGCGUGAUGACAUUCCGUUCUGAACAAGGAGACCCUUAACCUUGUGUUUAUGACGUGAUAUUGUACGCUUUCAUGCUCGAAGGUUCAUCCUGGUAAUCGACAGUAUUUUUUCCACUGUCUGCCGGCAAGUGUGGAUGUGUGUGCGUGUGUGUGUGCGUGUGUUUGACUGUUCUUAUUGUUAUAAUUUGUAUGGGGUGACUCUGUGGAGAAAUGAGACACAAUGCCGUCCCGUACUUUCUGUGUGAAAAGAACUAAGAGUAUUUAUUAAAAUUACUGUUAUGAUUGAAUUGAUGGAUUAUGUUU